UUGACCAUGCCUUUCUUCAACUUCGAGUUGAACAUCCAGCCUCUCUUUUCAUGGAAAAUUGUUCUAUUAAAUUAGAAAAUGUUAACUUUGGUGUUGAGCGAACUCAUCUUUUAAAUACUGUUUUUAAUGCUUUUGGGAAGACUUUAUCUGGUGGAAUGAUUAGAGAUAAAGUUUGUGAUAUGCUACAGGUUGCUGUUAUGCAUUUACGACGAGAGUUUAGCAUAGAAUUACCAUUUAAAAUGCUAAUUCCUGACAAGUUUAUUCGUCACUUACAAAAUGAUCGAGUUAUUCUUCGCUCGCGUAUUAAUUCAAUUAAGGCAGUUUCAAAUCAAAUUGCUGUCACGGUCGUUAUGGAAUGGAAAGUUGAUGAGGUACUAACUACUGAACGUACUUCGUUUGUUGAUACUGAGAGUUUACAUUUUAAUGAAACUGAAAUUAAAAAAUUGCGAAACGGCGAGGAGAAAGCUCGACAAGAUGAUCAUAAAAUGCAAUCUUCUCCAUUGUCUGACUUCAAUUCUUCAUCAGUUAGUGAAGCAAUUUUAAUUUGGAUUGAGGACCGAUUAAUUAAUGAUUUGUUGAAACAAUUUCGGUGGGAUGUUCAGUGGAUUAAUGAAGUUGUUGUUUGCCCGCAAUGUUUCUUCCUCUUCAAUAUAAGUUCAAAUGGUCUUCCAAAUGUUCAAAUUCUUGCAGAUAAGUCAAUCAUCAUCAGAAGUAAUAAUCGAAUAACCGCUGCAGUAUUAAAUCCAACUUUGGGGCAUUCUGGCAAACGCCGAACAGCAAUUGAUCUUUCAAUGCUUCUUCAACUUAAAUUAGUCCCUCAAAUACAAAAUGGAAUUUUCCGUACACAUUUGGAACUUAUGGAACGUAAAGUAGAGGUCCAAAAAGAAAGUGCUUUCCCUUCAGAAUUGUAUGGAGCUGUUGAACAAUUAAUACAAGAUUUAAUUGCUGAAGAUAUGUGGCCAUUAUUGCAACGUGAGCUUGAACCACUAAUUUACCAAUCGGGCAUUCAAUUACCUACAAGAUGUGGACUUGAUCCUACAUCUGCACAAUUAUAUUUUGAACAAGGACGUUUGGGUGUGUCUGCCCGAUUAGAAAAUAAUUUGGAAGAAGUUUCUUUCCAUCAAUGUCUUCAGCAAUUUAAAAGUGGAUUGCCUGAUGCUUCUAAAUUAUUUAAUGAUUUGUCAACUCGACAUAAAUACAAAAGUAAACGAUUUAUACGUCUUGGCUAG